AUGUCGCCGUAUCGGCCAAGGCUCAGGUAUAGCACGGGCGACAGUGGGAUGCACCUAUCCCACGCUGCCAGGAAUCCCGGAGCCACCGAGGGAGGUCUCAGCGUGUUGUCCCAAGUUACGGAUGCUUUUACUUUCCCUUCCUUUGUCCGGCGCGCCACUCGCUUUGAUGGUGGCCACACAAAGGCAUCCGCCUUCCGGAUAUGGGAAUACGCCCUUGGUCUCGACGACGCGGGCCACUUAGUGCACAAGCACUUGGAGGGAUAUAAAGUGCUUUGGAUUCCUGCUGGAUCCCAGUUCGGCCCUCGUCUCCCCAGCUACUUGCACCGCUCUCGGACACCUGACCACCUUACCGAUUACCACACCAUCGUCCUGUUUCAAGAAACUCCCAGACGCCGCAGAAUGGACAUGUCAGGCAUUCAGAACCCCCUCCUCCUAUUGGCCACCACGAGUGAGCAGGUUCAGCGUGAUCGACAACCCCGGGCGUUUGACGACGACAAGGAGAAUGCCGUUGUUCAAGUCCUCUCAUCCCUGGCCUCGAGAUCGACGAAAGGACCCUCUCCUCCACCUACGGGACACGGAUACGGGCUCAGGUCGCGAAAAUCCCUAGCCACGAUCCAACCCCCAGAGCCUUCGCCCCAGCAUUCGACGUCGUUCGUUGCAGAGACUGAGAUCCCGGCUAAUCGCGUACCACCGCGGUGGAGGGUGAUCAGAUACAACUGGAGACCGGUGACGCGCGCCUAG